GUUAUACGUGGGACAAUGUUUUACAAGUUCACAUGCAAUUUUCUGAGUCAUGUUAAAAGUGUUAAAUGAUGAUCAAAUGUAAAUAGUAUAAAAUAUAUAUGUAUGUAUAUUAUGUUUCUAUACUGAUGCAGGUUUGUUUGUAAUUAUAGUGUCAGAAAGUGACUUUGUUAAAACCAGUGAAUUUAUAAAAUGGCAACAAGUUCUCAGUCUUCAGUUGAGCUGGGUUUGCAUGAAGUGAAGGACUAUAUUUGUAAUGCCUGUGAAGACCAGAAUAAUGUUGCGACAAGUGCUGAUUUCUAUUGUAAACAGUGUGAACGGUUUUAUUGUGGAACCUGUAUUGAUCCACAUGGUAAAGCCUUGGCUAAACAUACUACAUUUGGAAGGGUCGAAAUAGAUAAAUGGCCAGUUUCAAAAAAGGUGGUGGAUUUUCUACAAACUUGUGAUGUUCAUAAGGACCAUAAAAUUGACCAAUUCUGCAACCUGCACAAACAGCUGUGCUGCCCUCAGUGUAUAUCUGAUCAACACAGCCAGUGCAGUAGAGUGACUCCAAUUAAUGAGCUGACCAACACUCAGCCCACAGACCUACAGGGACUGUCAGUGGAGCUCAAAACUGUUCUGGGAGAAAUCAAAAGCCUUCAUAUCAGUCAGGAGGCCAGCAUUGAGUCAUUGCAGAAAACAUACAAGGAACAUAGGGAAGUUAUGAUAGAGCAAAUGUGUGGCAAUUUAAAUACUUAUAUAGAUGAAUGUGAUAAUAAUUCUGUGGGUACAUCAGGCGGAAAUGAGCAAUAUUUAAAAGAAGAGAUGUGUAGGAGUGUUCUCUCUAUCAUGAAUGAAUUUGAUAAUAUUACUGCGAAGGAACUUAACGAGAUGAAAGAUGAAGUUAUCAGCAUAAAAGAGUCAGUUACAAGUUCUAUUCAUAAAUGCACCAGUCUUCACAAUGACUUGUCACAUUUCCAUGAAUUUGUUCAGAAAAUUGGAGAUAAUAAGGAGCUCUGCCUUAUAGCCAGCAUAAAAUGUAAGCAUAUAAUACAGCAGGCAUUAACUCUGCUAGGAAAGUCAGGCAAGGUGUUUAAUGUCCAGAGUAUUACUAAGCACAAUGUGAGAAUACCAAGUGAUAAAGUUGUAUGUAUUAUGAGAGGCAUAUGUGUUCUUCCCGAUGGGCAGGUACUGGUUGUAGACUGGAAUAAUGAGAAUGUCAAGCUGCUGAACCAGCAGUACCAGGUGGUGAGUCACUGGGAUGUGAAUGCUGAGCCAGUUGACAUUUGUUUGAUCACACCCAGUGAGGUUGCAGUGGCUGUGAAUGACCAUGAUAGCCAGAUACAUGAGGUCCAGUUUAUCACUGUCAACCAGGAAAAACUUGUUCCUGGCAGGAAGUUUCAGUUACAACAUGAUUGUAGAGGUAUUGACCAUCACCAAGGAGUCCUUUUUGUCAUCUCUAGUGAAGAACUGUACAAAUACACACUGAAUGGCAAACAGGUCUGCAGUCUCUAUAGGUCAUUUGAAUAUACAGUAGACAAGUGUGCUGUGAGUCCCACAGGAGACAGGCUGUACAUCACCAGCUACUGGGACAAGCUUCACACCCUGGCCAGGGAUGGCACACACCUGGCUACAUACUCAGACACAGCACUAGAGUGGACACGUGGUCUACAUGUGACCCCUGCAGGCCAGGUGCUGGUCUGUGGACGCUGGCCCAACACUGUACUACAGGUGGGCUGGGAGGGAGAGAGUAAGCUGGCUACGCUGGCUACUCUGGAGGAUGGAGUGAGGUACCCACGGUCAGUCUGCUACUGCAGCACCACAUCCUCCAUCAUUGUGGGACAGGGGUGGGACGACACCAUCCUGGUGUUCAGAGUGGAAUAGUGUGUACAUUCGCUGCUGAGUCAGGACAAGAAUGCUGAGGAUGUGGUGGACAAGGAUGACCUGAAUACACAGAAGCUACUGCUCAGCAAAGAAUACAACUGUCUGGUGAAAGGCUCGACCGUAUCAAAGUCCAGUGAUGUCGGGGUAUGUGGCCGUUCCAUGUCUGGGGAUUGCAUUUUAGCUGACACUAACAAGGGAGAGAACUGAAGAUCUGCACCUGCAAAGAGCACCAGCCUUGAUAUAGAGUUGGUACGGCAACGACACAAGUCGGGCCCGCUGGAGCCCCAGUCCAGCACGACCCCUCCCCUGACCCCUAGCUCCUCCCAUUUGACCUCCGGCAUCAAAGAGUCAGCAUUGUCUAACAAUUCCAUCCCAUAGCAAUUUCUGAGCACAUAGAGUGUUUGCACAUUUUUCUCAACAAGCGCAAUGUCCGUGUUGAGUCUGCACUUGGGCCCUGAUUGGUUUGAUAGACUCAAGUGUCGGAGCUGGUAGAAGUGUUACAGACAUAAGAAGUUAUUGCAGCUGUUAUGGUAACACUAACAGUCAGCUCUCGCUGUUUGACAUUAAAUUGAAUAUUACGAAAAAAUACAAAGCUGGAUAACUCAUUCCAUUCUUUUUGGGACAAACAGACCUGCAGAAAGGAAAAGGAGAAAAUCACGGGAAUGUUUGAAGAGUUUAAGUCAGAAGCGUAAGCUUUCCACCGGGGAUACUCCUGGAUGGUCUAAACUUAAGGGACAGUCCAGGUUUGUCCUCUCAGGUGUCCAAACUGUCCAAAGAGAAUGCAUUUAUUUUUGACGCAGUUGCUAACAAAGAAAGGCAGUACCAACUUCGUUGUGAAGAGUCAAGCAUGGUACAUCCCUGGGGCAUGCCUCAGGUGGGAAUUCCAUCUGCAACAAGGUGCUAAAGGUGAACCGAUCAGAGUGUGUUACUAACCACUUCAAGACCAAACAGCCUCACAUUGAUUUGACGAUAAAGAAGGCGUUGAAAAAUGACAGCAGUUUUGAUGUGUCAUCCAGUUUGCUCUUCGACUCUCAACCCAACGUUGGCAUUAAGCGUUAUCAGCGAGGCUCGAAGGUCAUCUCUGCUUCUUAAGCUUCAGAUAAAAUUAUAAGCCAACAAGACGAACAUCGUUGAAUCAUUUCGCACAUAUACUAAAACUCGCUUAAGAAAUUCAGCACGUCACUUAUGAACAUCUUCUCGCAAGGCGGCUACAUCAGCACUUCCAAUAGCUGAGCCUUGGUGAGUUCCACUCCUGUCCCGAUGAGUCGCUCGAGGUGAAACAAUCUGAUCCACAGAUAGAGCAGACGCUGAGUGACUCGUCUGUUAACGUGACUGACAUCCAUAUGUUGCUCUCUAAUAUUGUGCCUGAGGAGCAGUGUUGGCCUACAUUCCCUGUUCAGGGCGGUGACUUUGGCGUCAAGACUCACACAAUCUCUGUCUAUGGCCCUGUCGCAGCAGCAGCAGCAACAAAAACAGGAAGUAUUUCAGCUGCACUCUGGGAAAACAGGGCUUAAUGCAUGUGCCUAAAGUGUUUUACCCACGAAAGCGUGUUAAGUCUGCCCAAGCUAAUUUGUGACCACACUUUCCGAAUGUACCUUAAAACAAAGAAUUCCAUAAAAGCUGAAAGUGUCGUGGCUGAUUAGCUUGUGCAGACUGUACAUGCAAUUCUGGAACAACUCUACACUUAUGCAUUUAGCCCAGUUUUUAAAGAGUUUAGAGUUGCACAUUUAGUUCACAUUACAUCAGCUUUUUUCUGACCUUUUUGGAGAAAAGUUCUUAUUACCAAUCAGGAAUUUUGCGGUUUUUGACUGUUCAAACUGAGUUAAUAAAAUGCAUAUUAGAGUUGAUUUGAUAUCAGUUUUAACCAUAGGGGGUAAGGGCAUAUUUUCAUAUCUUUUUGUUUGUUUUCACUUGUAUAUAAACCCCUUGCAUAAAUUAUACAAAAUACUGAUGUUUUAUUUAAAUAAAACAAUUAUUGAAAUGCAGUCAACAUUUUAUAAAAAUUAUCUGCAUUUCAUUUAAUAUUAGGUAACAAAAUUUAAUAUAUUUUUACAUAAAUUGAAAUUAAUCACCUGUCCAGGCUUUCAGUUUACAAAUAUGCCCCUGGAGUGAGAAUAUGAAGUGAAGAUAUUAAUUAAUUAUUGCCCCCGGCUAAUUGGGGUAUAUAGGAAUCACCUUGGACAGACGUCUGUCUCUCUUUUCAUAUGUCUGUGGGCGUUCACUUACAAUUCAACGUUAAGCAUUCAAACUUUCAGGUAUUGUUUAAUCUCAUACGUGGUUGUGCAUGUACAAUUUGUAUCAUAAUACUCUAAAAAUUACAAAACUUAGACAUUAUAUAACAUCAUGCUUCAUGGACUUGUGGCAUUGGGGGAUAUUCUAUGUAACAAUGGUUACAAAUUAUUGUUUGACUAGAUGUUGUUUUCUUCUAAGUAUUUUGAAAAAAAAGAGCCAUAUUUUGCUUUCGGAUUGAGUCAGCCUCAUAACUUUUAAAUUUAAUAAUUUAAUGGUCAUGAAAUAAUUUCUAUGGCCAUUCUCUCUCUGAUUCUAGUACGGCAAUUGUCUGUUACUGGCAGAAGUAUAUGUACUCAGUAAGGCCAGGAAAAGGUUAACUUAAUGACCACACUACUACGACUAAAAUGCAUUUUUGUGUGUGUAGGAUCAAUUAAAAAAAAAGAUAAAAUUCCAGUACUUUUUAGCUGUUUCCUACAGGACCCCGUACAAUUACAGAUUGGUGCACAGCUGAACAACAGGCUCUCUCUCCAAAGCCAGGCCUGAACGCAUGGGGUCACUUCCUGUGUAUGGGUGAGUCAGUUCCUUCAAGACUGUCUACAAUCACAGAUCGGUUCCAGUGUAACAACGCAUUCUCUUAGAUGUUGAAGCUAGAAGCUAGCUGACAUUUAUAAGGCAUUGGCAUCAACAGGUUAUUGGCUCAGGACCUUAAGGCGAACUCUCAUCACACCCUGCCCUCGAUGUACGGCCAGUCUUACCCUGCCCGAUGAUACAACAAUUGUAACAGAACUCUCUCUGAUGGCGCACAGCUUUACACGAAGCCAAACCAGCGCUUCAUAUUUAGCUACCAGCAGUAUCCAUGCAACCAAACCUUGAUCACUCAGCAACAGCUAAAUCAGCAGCAGGGAUGGAGUUAGCCGUUUCAACGUCUGCUCAGUUGCCUCUCAGAGCCAGUCGGCUUGCUGUGUUGCUUAGCCAAUCCACUACUUAUGUCGCAGCACAAUAUCUCAUCUGGAUCCAUUCCACUGCUGGCGCAACAGCAGGUCUGUUCUCUGUACAGAGACGUUUCUAUGACGAUGAAGUCCUACAACUUGCCCAGUACUUGCUUUUGCGUCAGGGUCAGGUUCAAGGCCUCAUGGGCUUUGGUGGUCUGGGCAAGAUGGGAAUGUUAGACAGCAACAACAACAGUUAAGAAUAGAGCAACAGCAUAAUAGACAGACACAGCAGCCAUGGCCACAACACCAACAAUAGCAGUAACAGAUGAUGGCUUAGCUUCAUCAGCAACAGCAGCAGCAGGAGCAACAAGAUCUUUAAUCAAUGGGCCAUUUAGACGUCACUUUAGAAAUUCAGAAGAUCUUCAUGAAAGAACUCGGCUGUUUUCAGAGAGGUAUUUCCUGAGGUACUGUCAUAGCCAGCGACGGAGUCAUGAUAAAACCUUGACAUUUUGCUCCAAAAUCAAAGUGCUUCCACCUACAACUUUGAAACUUUAUAAUGUAGAUGCACCUUGAUGAGUUCUACACGCCACACCUGUUUUUGGGUCAUUAGGUCAAAGGUCAAGGUCACUGUGAAAACAAUAAUCUGACAAGCUCUCAUUUAUUCAAAACUGCACCCGCAUCCUAGCGUUGGCACUUGUUAUGUGGUGCUCUUGUUUAAUACAUUUUAUGCCCCCAAAGGAGGGCAUAUAGUGAUCUGACGGUCCGUCUUUUUGUCACACUUUGCGUUUACGUUUCUGCGUUUAGGUUUCAAAAAAUGCUCAUAACUUCUAUGUCUCUUCAGAAAGCAACUUGAUAUUUGGCAUGCAUGUGUAUUAAAUGGAGCUGCUCAUUUUGAGUGGUAAAAGGUCAAGCUCUUCCUUCAAGGUCAAAGGUCAAAAAAACAAAUCCAAGGGAAGUAAUAAGCUUCACAGGGAGACAAUUAUCUGUACCUGCCAAAUGAUAAAAAAACAAUUAAUAAAUCAAAGCGGCGCAUUAGGGGGGCAUUGUGUUUCUGACAAACACAUCUGUUUUUUUAUUAUUCCUUACACUGUAUGUUUUGCGUUUCAAUAACAUAUCCAAAGAAUUGAUUUAAACAAUUAUGAACAAGUUCCUUUUUAAUUACAGUUUCAUCUUUUCAAGAUAACAAAAUGACUGCACAACAUCACAUGAGGACAAAAAUGGACAUGUCCUUUUAAAAAUUGUUCAUUUGUUUACAGUAAAUGAAUUACCUAUGGAACACGAAUAUAUUAAUGAACAUCUACCUUUAAAUAUUAUUCUGUCAUUAAUAGUUAAAGAAGUAACAUCUGAACAUUGCAUCUAUGACUACAAUGAGGAGGUGAUACACCCCAAGAAAAGGGAGGAGACAAAGAAAUACUAUGAACAUUUUUAACAGCUUUACUUAAAAUUGGCAUAUAUGUUUUUUUUUUAGUUCAAACCUUAUUAACAAAAUUUGCAGUUGAAUGAAGAAUGUUUUUGGUGAAAGAAACCUCAAUAUCAGUGAUAGAUAUAAUACAUUGUAUUUUUAAUGCAGUAAAAAUAUAUUAAUAAAAGCACUGUUUUUUGUUCAACAUCGUCAGCCAAACAUUGUCAGUUACUUUCCCUGACAAAUGAAAAUGUGUGUAGAAUAUCUACAAACAUGCGACCUUCAUAAAAUAUCAACAAACCUAUCUAAUAGCGAUGAAGAUUCACAAAUUAUGAUGCUGGUUGACGCUUCAUUCCCAUCAUACUUAUGAAAAACAACAAUGUUUGACAUUUGAACACACACGUCAAUGAUGUCACAAUACACAUAUAUAAAAAGUUUUAGCUUUGCUGUCGUAUUUUUUAUUAUUGUACAUAGGAAUCAAAUACAAAGAAAGUUUGUUGCUUUUGGUGAUUAAUUAAAUACUUGUUGUCAAUCAUAGUUUUAGAAACUCGUGAACUUGUUGUUUUCUAUCGCCAAAAUCAUCAAAUAUCGUUUAUUUUAGUUUGAUUCAAGGAAUGACUACACAAUUUCUAGUAGUUUUCCAACUCCAAAUUUAAAUGCAAGAAGAUUGGUUUUGAUGAUAUCUGUUUAUUUAAGCUUGCUUACAUGUAUGUGAAAGCCUAUGAAUCUCUGAGACACUCAAGUCUGUUUACUGGGUGGAACCAUAACAUCGGUCCUGUACAUUUGUCCAAAAUAUGAUUGCAUUUUCUCUUAAACUAUUUGUUCCUUUUCUCAACCGACUUU